AUGUUUGAAAGUGUGAAAAAACCAAGAAUGUAUCUGAAGAUCAAAGAUGACCAGUGUGAUGGAACAGGCAAGGGUGACGAAUACUGUCAUUUUAAAAUUGAGAAGAAUUUGGAAACAGGAUCUGUGAGCCUGGAAUCAGUGCAAAAUAAAGGGAUAUAUGUUGGACUUCUGCCAGAUGGCCAAACUAAGCCAGUUGUUAACACUGGAGAGAGAAAUAUCUUUUUCUACCCACAGGUCAUCAAAUUUGGCCGGGAAAAGCCUAUGGGAACAUCUGCAGCACCCGAACAAGAGAAGAAAGACUUCAGAGCAUCUCAAAUCCAACCAGCAAAAGCCCAGGAGCCAGUACCUCAAAGGCCUUCAGCUCCCCCACCCUCAAAGGAAAUGAGAAAUCCCCAAGGUGGUGCCAGUCCCCUUCCUUCAGAUGAUGAAUGGAAAGUGUCAAUACUGACAGGAAAUGCAGGAACUGAAGCAAGUGUUGCUCUUUGGAUAUAUGGAGACAGAGGAUUAACUGGACCCAUAACUCUUGGCAAGGACAACAGGAAGCAGCUGUUUUUUCCCAGGCAGGAAGAUGAAUUUCAGGUUAAAAUAAACAGCAUUGGGAAUAUCUACAAGAUAAGAAUUGAGCUUGAUGGAUUACCAAAGGAACAACCCGAGUGGAACUUACAGAGGGUGAUGCUGCAACAUCUAAGGAGCAAGAAAACACUGAAUUUUCCAGCAAACAUAUGGCUAUCAAAGAAUCGUGAUGAUAGAGAAUUUCUGUGUGAACUUCCAGUAAUGGAAGCUGGAAAACCUAUCUAUCCAAUUGUUUUGUACCAUGUUUAUGUCCACACUGGUGACUUGGAGCAAGCUGAUACAGACUGUGCAGUUUAUUUGUGUAUCUAUGGAAAAAGAGGAGAUUCUGGUCUGAGACUUCUGCAUAAAACUGGUACACCAAUGCCAUUUCAGAGAGGAAUGGUCAGUGAUUUUGAAGUGGAAGCUGUAUCCCUCGGGAAGCUGCAGAAGGUGCUGUUGCGCUGUGAGGCCAGCACCAAGUCCCAGCACUGGUACUGUGAUAAAGUCACUGUCAGAGAAGCGGAGAGCAACUCAGAAUAUGUUUUCAAUUGUGAAAGGUGGCUUCCAUUUAUGUCUCAAGGUAUAAUCCAUUCAGAAAUUGAGCUGUACCCUCAAGAAGGAGACUGGAAGAUAACUGUAGUCACUGGGGAUUUUGAAACAGCUGGCACAACAGCAACAGUAUUCCUUUAUGCUUAUGGAGAAAACAAGGCUUCUGGUCCUAUUAUUUUGGGAUCUGGGAAACAGCAGCUGUUUAAUCCCAACAGUGAAGAUACAUUUAAGAUUAAUCUCAGAGACCUUGGGCAGCUAUAUAAAAUCCGCAUUGGCCACGACAACUCUGGAAAUGAUCCCAGCUGGUACCUGAAGGAAGUCAGACUUGGAAGAGUAGUCCCUGUUUCUGCUGAAGAGAUUUCUCUCCCCAUAGAGAGCUGGCUUUCUGAAGACAGGGAUGAAGGUGACACGUGGAGAGAAGUGGCAAUAAGGAACCCUGCAGAGGAGCUUUUGCCAUUGUUGGUGUAUGAGGUCCAUGUAUACACAGGUGCUUUACUUGGUGCUGAAACAGAUUCCAAUGUUUAUAUCAACCUCAUUGGGACAAGAGGAGAUGCUGGCAAAAGGAAGCUCCAUAGAUCUAAGAAUAAUAAUGUUAAAUUUCGACAUGGACAGAUGGAUAUUUUCUGCAUAAAGGCUGUCUCACUGGGAGACUUGGAGAAAGUUCUGAUUAGCCAUGAUGGAUCUGGUCCAGGCAGUGGAUGGUUCCUGGAUAAGAUUGUCAUCAAACAUAAAGAAGGAGAGGAAGCUCACGAGGUUGUAUUUCCUUGUAAUAGAUGGUUAGAUGAAUAUCAAGAUGAUGGGAAAACAGAGAGGGAGCUAACUGCCAAUACACAACAGUGGAGAGUGCAUGUUAAAACAGAUGGAGAUUCCCCAGAGCCACAGGAGUGUAAAAGGACCCUUGUGAUUUAUGGCUCAAAGGGCAAAAGCAAUGAGCUUCUGCUUUGUCCACAAACCCCAGGAUGUGUGUGCUUUCUCCCCAGAGCCACUGAUGAAUUCAUUGUUGAGACUGGAGAUGUGGGAGAUGUUUACAAGAUUCGAGUCAGCUGUGAUGAUGUGCCAGGCUUUAAGGGCUGGCAUCUGAAGUCUUUGCACUUACAAGAGCUGCAUACAAAACAAGAACUGAACUUUGAGUGCAACUGCUGGCUCACUCUUAAGAAGGGGAAUAAGGAGCUGGUGAAAGAAUUCCCCACAGUCACUGAGGACCACAAAACUUUACCAGUCUAUAAGUAUGUUGUUUCUGUACAUGUUGGUGACCGCUGGGGAGCUGGGACUUUUGCAAAUGUUUAUAUCACUCUCUAUGGCAAAAGAGGGGACACAGGUGUGAGGAAACUUCAGACAUCUCUAAUGAAAGGAAGAAAAUUUCAAAGAAAUAAGGUGGAUUCAUUUUUGGUGGAAGCUGUUUCUCUGAGCCAAUUGCAAAAAGUGGUCAUAGGUCAUGAUGGAGAAGGCUACGGGGCAGGGAUGUACCUCAAGAUGGUAACAGUCAAGAAAUCUCAAGAUUCAGACAAAGAAUGGGUCUUUCCACUGUGGAACUGGCUUGAUACUCAUCUGGGUUUAUGUGAGACUGUUUGUGAGAUUGUAACAGUAGGUAGAAGGUCGACUCUUAGUCCUAAACUGCCUGAAAUCAACAUGAAGUCAUCAGGUUUCUGGAUAAUGGAUAUCACUGGAUCUGACUUGAGUGCUGAAGAGGAUCCAAUAUGCCUUUCUUUUAUCUUCUACGGCAACCUGAGCCACAAAAAGUUGCCACUUCAAGUCACAGGAAAAGCGAUUCAGAUCAAGGAUGAACUGGCAGGUAUUGGCUCAAUAUACAAAGUUCAGGUAACUGGCCCACACAGCGAGCUAAAACAGCCAUGGCACUUAGAUUUACUGCAUAUGAAGCACCCAGACAGAAAAGAAGAGAUGUAUUUAGCUUUUGACUGCUGGUUCAACCCUAAGGAAGACAAAUGUGUGGAGCUGCCAGCUCUCUAUGCAGAUCAGGAUCCUUUGCCUGUUGUGGAGUACGAAAUCCAUUUGCACACGGGAGACUGGAAGAAGGCAGAUGCCACUGGAGAGGUUUAUCUUCGUAUACAAGGAGAAAAAAGUGACUCAGGGAAGCGAUGGCUUAACUCAAAAAACAGCCUGAUCACUUUUGCUAGAGGGCAGGUGGAUAUUUUCAAAAUCAAAUCUGUAUACCUUGGCAAGUUGAAUCAAGUUUGUGUUGGAUUUAAAAGUCUUAGAAAAGAUGGGUGGUUUUUGGAAAAAAUUCUUAUAAAAGAAGUCUCCUACCCUUUUUCUACACAUGUUUUUUUUCACAAUGGAUGGAUCAAUAAACGCUCCAAGGAAGAUUUUGUAGAAGUCCCAAUUCCGCUCAAAGAGACAUCUGUGACAUCUCUUCCCACGAAAAAUUUAGAUACAAAAAGUAGAGGACGAUGGCAAACAUGGGUGCACUGCACACAAGUACCAGAAGAUGUUCCUAACAUUCAAGUUGUUGCAUUUGGAAGAAAAGGGAAAUCCCCUGCACAGAAAGUUCAAAAUCUGAGUGAUACUCCCUUUUUGUUGACCAUUGGUGAUAUUGGAGAUAUAUUAAAAGUCUCCUUUGUGUUAUCUGGUCCAUCCUUGAGAAAAGGAAUUAAACUCCACAAGCUUCAGCUGAAAGACCUGGACACUAAACAAGAGUUGAGCUUUCACACUGAAGCCUCAUGUCUGUUUGGAGAAGAUGGAUCUGAGACCGUGACAGAGCUUGCUGCAGUCAGGCCAGACCAGCCACCACUCAGGGAAGUCCUUUACUUCAUCAAUGUCCAUACAGGAACACUGCCUGCAUCAGGAACUGAUGCAGAUGUAUUUAUCACAGUAUUUGGAGAGUGGGGAGAUUCCUGCAAAAGGAGACUAGGGCACUCACAUUUUGAAAGAGGGCAGGUUUGUGUCUCUGAAAUGAGAGCAGUAGACCUUGGACAGUUAAGCAAAGUGCUUGUUGAGCACCAUAAUGUGGGUUAUGGAGCUGGAUGGUACCUCGACCAAGUUGUCAUCCAUGAAUCAGGCAAGACUGAAGAACAAUAUGUAUUUCUUUGCCAGCAAUGGUUAGACAGUGGAGUUGGUGAUGCACAGAUGGAACGAACAUUGAAACUUCUUGGAAAAGUCAGGAAUGGAGUGUUGACCGGAAAGAUUUAUGGGACUUGGGAUAUCCACGUCACAACGAGUGAUAUUUCUUCUAGUUCCACGAACCCUAAAAUGUCUCUAACUGUAUGUGGUGAAAAAGGAACUUGUACUUCAGUCACACUCCCCAAAGGAUCCCUUAAAAAAGAGCAGAUUUAUGAGACUUCUAUUGAACUAAGUAAGAAAUUUAAUACUAUAUUCAAAGUUCGCCUAGAAAUUGAAGAAGCUGGAGAAGGAGAGACUUGGCAUUGCCGGGAGGUAAAGCUUCAACACAGAGAAACUAAAAAUGUUCUAGAAUUCCCAUUUUGUCAUAACUUUGUCGAUGAAGACGGAGGAAGAGUGACUGAGCUUCCAGUUCUCACAGCUGGGUCUCCUUUUCCAGCAGUGAAAAUCUAUGUUCUCUACAUCACCACGGGAGCUAUCCCUGGGUCAGGAACAGAUGCAGAUGUGUAUGUCAUGCUGCAAGGCUCCUUGGGAGAUACUGGCAGAAGAAAGUUAAUUAGAAAAGGAGAUGAAAAUUUCACUAAAGGAAAGGUGGAUAUUUUUCAAGUGGAGGCAGUAGAUAUUGGUAUUCUGCAAAGCAUGGUUGUUGAAAAAGGAAGAGGCUCUGACUGGCUUCUGGAGAAGGUUAUUGUGAAAGAGUCAGCAUCUUCAGGGACAGAAACACUGUUUAUGGCUCAAACAUGGCUUAAAGACAGACGUGAUGAAAAAAGAUCUGCCUCAGUAACUCUGGAUGUCACAGAAGUUCUAGAGAGGAGGAAUACAUCUGCCUGGCCUUUAGGAAGAGAGCAAAUGAAUUCAGAAGGCAGAUGGAGGAUUUAUUUCUCAAAGCAUCAAGAAGAAACAAAAUCAGAAUUUGAAAAGUUGUCAGAAAAUAUAUCCAAGAUGGUUAUGGUUUUUUAUGGAAGCAACGGCAAGUCAAAUCCAGUUUCCAUGGAAAACAAAGUGGAACAUCAGACUGAGAAACAAAUAACAUAUGAUAUACAUUUGCCAUCUGAUCUGGGAAUGCUUUAUAAAGUAAGGCUUGGUCUCCAGAGUUUGGAAAACAAUAUAUCCCAGUUGUCUCUUCAUCACUUUAAAAUACAGAACACAUCAACCCUGGAUACCUUUAGUCUCACCAUAAAUAAAACACUUCCUCUUCCUCCUAAUGGAGACAGAUGGAUUGAAUUCCCUAUACUGUGGCCAUUAAAAGAAGCACUUUCUGUGGUUACAUAUCAUCUAACAGUAUUUUCAAGAAAUAUUUUUAAUGAGAGAAAUUUAGUGCAUAUGACUGCAUGUAUCUAUGGUACUCAUGGUGACACAGGAGACAGAUCCCUUCUCCAGUCAUUGCAGAAUGUACAGCAGGGAGAGCAAAAUGAGUCCUUUCUAGUUAUGGUGGAUGCUGUUGACUUGGGAGAACUGGAAAAAAUUGUUCUUUUGAUCAGCAGUAAAACAGACUGCAAACUGGACAUCAAAAAACUGCAUGUGCAAGAAGCUGUGAAGGAACAUCCUAAGGAACAUCCUAUCUAUGUAUUUGAAGUGAAUGAAGAAUUUUCUGUGAAUGCAAAUAAGCCCAAAAUACAGAGAGAAAUUCCAAGAUCUUUUGUUUUGAGAGGAGAGAAACAAAAGAAUGACAUAGAUAACAACUUGAAUAAAGAAGGAAGUAAAGCAAAACAUUUGACAGAGUAUACUAUUAAGGUGUAUACAGGUGACAAAAGAGGAGCAGGGACCGAUGCCAAUGUGCACAUUAUUUUAUUUGGGAAUGAGGAUAAAUCUGAGGUAUUUCAACUCUCUCAGUCACUGGAGCAUCAAAACCCCUUUGAAAGAGGAAAGGUUGAUACCUUCAAGAUUAAGACAAAAAAUUUAGGCAGCCUAUGUUCAAUUGAAAUUGGCCACGAUGGGAAAGGAUUUGCAAGUGGCUGGUUUCUAGAAAAAGUGGAAAUCACAGAUGCAGCUAGUAAUUCAGUGCAUUGCUUCAACUGUAACAGGUGGCUUUCUGAAGAUGAACAUGAUGGCCUCACAAUAGUGCAGCUUUAUCAAACUCUGGAUAAAUCAGCUUGA